CCUACCCUUCCGUCGCGAUUUUCAACGACUGAUUACGAGGCGCCCACUGAAUAUACGAUCCAUGAAUGAAAUCAACCGACGUGAUAGUUUUAGCGCAUAAUGCGGUAUACAACCCUGUUAAUUGCGCGGUAAAGUAAUAGGCUACGAAGCGGAAUCAUCGCAUUUCAAUACCUGAUCGAUGCAUUUCAGCUUCUGUAAUGUUUAGGUGGUCGCUAUUCGGGCUACCUUCUCUGUACGUUGGACAAAAGUACAGGGAUUAUGGCCAGUUACCCCGCCAUCCAGCCGCGCGCCAGCUCAGCGCCUACUGAGGCUGCGCAUCUGGGACACUGCCUCUUUCUUACCUUCCAGCUCACAUUGCGCUUUCAUCGACAUCGACUCGACUAGAGGAAUGCACAGAGUGCACGCAACAAACUAACAAACAUGAAACGCUACUCUAAGAGAAUAUGGCGCAGGAUGAAGGGCGGGGACGAUACUCGAUCUCCACGCGAGAGUUUCUCUACUGCUUCUGAAUAUUCUUUCACUGUCCAGAAAUCUGACAAGCUGCCUCAAAUACGGCAAGAAAAGGCGGAUUCAUGCCCAAAGGACUUGUGGCAGAUUGCAUACAAGGACCUAGGUCCAACAGACCGAGAGAUCCUGGCAAGAAAUCAGAAAGAGGCACAAUCAAAGGGACACCAUGGAAAGGCAUUGCAAAUAGUCGAUGAUGUUAUCGAAGCGACGAAAAGGCAGUACGAGGACUAUCGAAAGGGGGGUUUGAAGAUCAAACAAGGCCCAGAUAAGGAGGACAUCAACAUUCGAGAUAUUGCACACAAAAUUCUAAAUGCCACACUGUCUUUCAGAGCAAUUGUGGACGUGUUUGUGUCAGGCGACCAAAGCCUUGUUGCGUCAAGUGCUUGGGGUGUCAUCUUACUAGGAUUGACGAUAGCACACAACUACCAUAACAUACGAAAAGCCCAGUUCGAAUCAUCUGCAUUCCUGACGGAUGUCCUAACACGCUGUGCCUUUGUGGAAAAGGAACAUUACCAUGAUAAUCGUUAUGAAACACAGGUUCAAGUCGAAACUGCCAUCAUCCAAGUCUACAAGGGCAUAUUGCGGUAUACAGCACAGGUGUACAGGAUGCAAGAGGCUACUAUGGGUGAGAGAAUACUGGAAAGUAUUUUUCCGAUAACCAACCAUCCGCUCAAGCAGAUUGAGUCCGCAAUCAAAAGUGACGAGGAAAGACUGCGUCAAUGGGUCAGGCAUGAUGAGCAUCUCCAACAGCAAGAGAAGGCAGAAGAACUACUGGGGCGGAUAGAUGAGGUUAUCAGUUUGGUCAAAGACCUCCACCGGAGAUUUGAUCUUUACAACCUACCAGAUGCUGAAGGGGCUUCCUUUGAUUCCUAUCAAAACCAACAUGAGGAGGAAUGCCUUCCCGGUACUAGAAAAGAGCUUCUUCAGCAAGUCAGUGACUGGGGAGGCUCCUCACAAGGCCCGUGUAUCUUCUGGUUGAAUGGAAUGGCGGGGACAGGAAAGUCAACAAUCUCACGCUCACUGUCCAGAGCAUUCCAGGAACAGGGACAACUUGGAGCAAGCUAUUUUUUCAAAAGAGGCGAAGGUGACCGUGGUCAUGCAAAAAGAUUUGUUUCAACAAUCGCAAGACAACUCAUUGCGGCAUUCCCAGAUCUCGCAGUUGGCGUGUCAAAGGCCAUUGAAGAUGACCCUGAUAUCUCAAAGCGUGGAUUCAGGAUACAGUUUGAAAAGCUUCUUCUUCAGCCACUAGCUGGUUUGGAUGAUAGUCAACAGGUGAAAAGAUCGGUAAUUGUCGUCGAUGCCCUGGACGAGUGUGAAGAAGAACAGGAUAUACGCCUUCUGCUGCAACUCUUGCCGCUACUACAAUCAUCUUCACAAGUUCAACGGUCAAAGCCUGUUCAGUUACGCGUUUUCAUAACUAGCCGCCCGGAACUGCCAAUACAACUUGGCUUCCAGGAUGAUCAAGUUCGGGAUAAACACCAGGAUCUUGUUCUCCACAGGAUCGCAAGGCCGAUUAUCGAGCAUGAUAUAUCAUUGUUUCUGAGGCAUAAGCUAAAGAAGAUCGAGCAGGCCCGGUCAUUACCUCCAGACUGGCCUGGCAAUACCGAGUUCCAACAAUUGGUCAAGAUGUCUGUUCCGUUAUUCAUUUUUGCAGCCACCGUGUGCCGCGUAUUCGAAGACUAUGAUUUGGAUCCGGUACAGAGUCUUUCCGAGAUUCUCAAAUAUCAGAAUGAAGAGUCAAAACUGGAUGGAACGUAUCUACCAGUACUGCAAAGAAUGCCGAUUCAUAGCGGGAAACGGAGCAAGAUGAUCAUCGAAGAAUUCCAUGAGAUUGUUGGUACGAUCAUUAUUCUUGAGUCUCCACUAUCAGUCAUCUCUCUGUCAGAGCUUCUUGGUAUCUCCUCAAGCGUCAUCAAUACCCGAUUAAAUCGGCUGCAUGCAGUACUGAACAUACCCGAUAGCAAUGCCAUGCCAGUUGGACUUUUUCACUUGUCAUUCCGAGAUUUCCUUCUUGACCCGGAGACCCGUGAGAAAACAGACUUCUGGAUAGACGGGGGAAGGGCGCAACAAAAGGUUGUUACGCAAUGCCUCGAAGUUAUGCAGCGCAAACUGAGAAAGAACAUCUGCAACUUGCCAUACGAGGGGUUCGAGCGGAUGGGGAUCAGCACAGAAACUAUCGGUCAAUCUGUCGGCGAUUACAUCCCGCCAGAAUUAGAAUAUUCAUGCCGAUAUUGGACGCGGCAUUUAGCACACUCCGAGAAUUCGAUGUCUUUGAUGGAUAACAUCUACUCGUUUCUCCAAGAGCAUUUCCUUCACUGGGCUGAAGUAAUGUGCGUCCUGGGUCACGCGUCUGAGAUUGUAGAAGCCAUCGAUACGUUACGAUCACUUAUCAAGGAUAAAAAAAACUCUGAAGUAUCAGAAUUCCUCUACGAUGCCAAACGAUUCAUGCUGAAGUGUCGUCGCAUAGCAGACAUCGCGCCCCUUCAAUUGUACUGUUCAGGGCUAAUAUUUGCCCCAUCGAAGUCAAUUAUUAGAAGAACAUUUGAGAUGCCCACAUGGAUGUUCAGAUUCCCAGAGGUUGAAGAAACCUGGAGCGCAGAGAUUGAGGUUAUUGACGGCCAUGGUACCAGGGCUGUUCGAACAGUGGCAUUCUCGCCUGAUGGGAAAUUGCUGGCAUCAGGAUCUGAGGAUGGUACUGUCAAACUGUGGGAUGUUGAGACUAGCAUCCUACAGCAGACCCUUGAAGGUCAUGAGAGUUUUGUUAUCUCAAUAGCAUUUUCACCAGAUGGACGACAAAUAGCUUCCGGCUCCACCGACAGCACUGUCAAAGUCUGGGACCUGCAGGCCAAUGUACAUCAAACUUUGAAGGGCCACGGAUAUCAUGUAUACUCAGUAGCCUUCUCAGCCGAUGGACAAUGGCUGGCAUCUGGCUCCUACGAUCAUACCGUCAAAUUGUGGGACUUGAAGACCAGCUCACAUCGAACUUUGAAGAGCCAUGAGAUGUGGGUGCAUGCAGUGGCUUUCUCAGCAGAUGGGCGUUGGCUGGCAUCUGGCUCUUGGGACAAAACCGUCAAAAUCUGGGACCCGGCAACUAGCUCUCUCCUGCAUACCAUAGAGUGCCACCGUACAAUUAGCGCAAUAGCAUUCUCACCUGAUGGUCGACUGGCAAUUUCUGAUAAGAAUGUCAAGAUGUGGGAUUUGGAGACCAUGACCAUGCAGCAAACCCUUGAUACCAAGGAUCACCCUGUAUCCCUAGCAUUCUCACCGGAUGGGCUAUUGCUGGCAACUGUCUCUAGCUCUAAGCUAGUCAAAUUGUGGGACCUGGCCACUGGAACCCAGCACCAGGCUUUUGUGGGCCAUACUUAUGCUGCGCAAUGUUCGGCCUUCUCGCCAGAUGGGCAACUCCUGGCAUCGUGCGCUUUUGACGGAACCAUUAGACUUUGGGACCUAGACACCACAUUUUGGAGCCCGGUGUACGCUGAUAGCCCUCGAACUUGCGAAAGCCAUGGCCUGGUUGUAAGCCUGGCCUUUUCAGAAGAUGGACGAUGGCUAGCGUCUGGCUCCUAUGACGAUACCGUUAAGAUAUGGGACUUAAAUACCAAGCUCUGGGACCCAGCGACCAAUGCUCAGCAGCGGACCUUGGAGCAUCAUCGACGUCAUGUUGCUUCAGUGGCUUUCUCACCCGAUGGGAGAUUGCUGGCUUCCGGUUCUGAUGAUAAAGUUAUCAACAUUUGGGAUCCGGCCACCGGCGCCUUGCAACGUACUAUAGAGGGGCAUGAAAAAGGAAUCAAAAAAGUGGUUUUUUCACCAGAUGGGCGAUGGUUGGCCUCUAGCGCUGAAGAUAAGACAAUCAAGAUCUGGGACCCGGUUACUGGUACGCUCAAACACACGCUUGAGGGGCAUACAGAAGGUGCCAGGUUGCUCAUUUUCUCGCCCGAUGGCCGCUGGCUGGCAUCCGGUAGUUUUGACAAGACGAUCAAACUCUGGGACCCGACAACUGGCACACUGCUGCAUGACAUCAGCACCCAAACUUACUUCUAUGACCUUGCAUUCACGCGUGAUGGGCUUUCUCUACAGACAGACAAAGACGUAUAUGAUCUACCACCAUCAUACCAUACCGCUCGUCUUGAUAGCGCCAAAGCGGAGGUACGUGUGCUGAAACCAGAGUGGGUUACUCUGCAAGGAAAGAAGAUCCUUUGGCUACCACCCUCCUAUCGCUCGCGGCAUUGGGCCAGCAAAGAUGGGAUACUAGCUAUAGGACACGGAGAAGUGGGACCUCGAUCGAGGUCCAUUACUCUUUACCAAUUCCGCCAGUGACGCUUGGCAGCUGUGUUCGUUGGCCUUGUGGCCUGUUGAGGAUUUCUGUCUGUACUGGUAUCUAGGCUGGAAAUAGUUCGUACAAGUAUCGCCAAGGAGAU